AGCUGGGAACAUGCAGUCCAGGGAAGGCAGUUCAGAUGGGAAGAGACAGUGAGUGGAGCAUUCCCAGACCUGUAGGAUCAGACCUGAGCCAGCUCUCUAUGCCACUUCCCAACCCUUACCAUCAUGUGCAUCUGGCAUUAGAAAGAAAGGGAAGAUUUUGAUCAGAAGACUUUGAUUGAAACCAAAAGCAGCCUGGACAGCUCGCUCUGCCCACCAUCACCCACCACCAGAUCUGGAGAGCUUCAUGGGCUAAGUAACUGCCACCUUCAUGCAAUGAACUGAGACUGGCAACAGAAGCACCUCGUGGAUCGGAGCCUACAGGCAACCCACCACCAAGACAGGGAGUAGUGCGAGGCUUUCCUUUGCCAUUUGGCACAUCAGAGACGAAAGCCCACCACCUGGUAUUUAUUUUGGAAAGCAAAAGCACUUUCAUCACUGACUGAGCUACCUCAGAAUCCACAAGCCAAUUGAUCGCUGUCAGUUGGGGAUUUCCAUCGUUGGGAAGAUUUCUCGUGUACUCUGGGGUACCUGUCCUCUGAGGUACCUGUCCUUUGGGGUACCUCUCCUCUGGGGUACCUGUCCUCUGAGGUACCUGUCUUUUGGGGUACCUCUCCUCUUGGGUACCUGUGCUCUGAGGUACCUGUUCUUUGGGGUACCUCUCCUCUUGGGGACCUGUCCUCUGAGGUACCUGUCCUUUGGGGUACCUCUCCUCUGGGGUACCCGUCCUCUGGAUCUUCUGAUUAUUCUAACCGACAACCAAAGACAAUGGUGCACUGUGCGGGGUGCGAGAGGCCCAUCCUGGACCGCUUCUUGUUGAACGUUUUGGACAGGGCUUGGCACGUCAAGUGUGUUCAGUGCUGUGAAUGUAAAUGCAACUUAACAGAGAAAUGUUUUUCCAGAGAAAGCAAGCUUUACUGUAAAAACGACUUCUUCAGACGUUUUGGUACCAAGUGUGCUGGCUGCUCCCAGGGAAUCUCCCCCAGUGACCUGGUCAGGAGGGCAAGGAGCAAAGUGUUCCACUUGAACUGCUUCACUUGUAUGAUGUGUAACAAACAGCUCUCCACUGGAGAGGAACUAUAUAUCAUUGAUGAGAACAAGUUUGUCUGCAAAGAAGAUUACUUAAAUAACAACAAUGCUUCCAAAGAAAAUACUCUUCUCUCAGUGACAGGCAGUGACCCCAGUUUAUCUCCUGACUCCCAAGACCCAUCUCAAGAUGACGCAAAGGACUCUGAAUGCGCGAACACUUCUGAUAAGGAGGCUGGGAUUAACGAAAACGAUGACCAGAACCUGGGGGCGAAAAGGAGAGGACCCCGCACCACUAUCAAAGCCAAACAGCUGGAGACUCUGAAGGCUGCAUUUGCGGCUACGCCGAAACCCACCAGACACAUAAGGGAGCAGCUGGCCCAGGAGACCGGCCUCAACAUGCGGGUCAUACAGGUGUGGUUCCAGAACCGGCGCUCCAAAGAGAGGAGGAUGAAGCAGCUGAGCGCCUUGGGAGCCCGCAGGCAUGCCUUCUUCAGGAGUCCAAGGAGGAUGAGACCACUGGUGGACCGCCUGGAGCCUGGGGAGCUCAUCCCCAAUGGGCCCUUCUCAUUCUAUGGAGACUACCAGAGUGAGUAUUAUGGGCCAGCGAGCAACUACGACUUCUAUCCUCAAGGACCUCCCUCAUCACAAGCCCAGACCCCUGUAGAUUUGCCCUUCGUAACCUCCUCCGGACCAGCAGGCACGCCACUUGGAACAAUGGAGCACCCCUUACCUGGACAUCACCCUUCUAGCGAUGCUCAGCGCUUUGACAUCAUGUCCCAUCCCCAUGGAGACUCUCCCAGCCCAGAGCCCAACCUGCCCAGCUCCAUGCACCCCAUGUCUGCAGAGGUGUUUGGUCAAAGUCCCCCCUUUUCGUCUCUUUCAGUCAACGGGGGAGCAACGUAUGGGAAUCACUUGUCACAUCCACAAGAAAUGAAUGAGGCGGCUGUCUGGUAGCUUGAGAACCAACAGACGGCCUAACAAUAAGACUGGUGCCAAUAGCCAUCUUUGUUGACACUGCUCUGGCACACACAAUUCCCUUCUGAAACAAUAUCUGUCUGGAUGGAGUCUGAAGGACACUGGACAAAAAAAAAAACUGGAAGCUGCAAUCCCAGUAGACCACAUCCAUUAUCCCAGUAGAUGGUAGGCAAUCUCAAUUCCAUCAACACCACUAAAAAAUGAAUAAAUAUAUUUAUAUAAAAGUGA